CCAAUGACGUCAUCAGCAAGCGACCCAUAACCUUGUGUUGUGUACAUUGCAGUAUCAGCUGAGAAAACUGCUCAAAACGUUUUAUGUAGAAUAUAUUUAUGCACAAUGAACAAAUAUGUGUUGCCAGUUUCUGUCUUUGGAACUGUUAUUGGAGGUGGCGUCUUACUGAAGAACCACGUGACUGGGGGUCGGUGUCCCAGCAAAGCCAAGCUAAAUGGGAAGACGGUGAUUAUAACAGGGGCCAACACAGGGAUCGGCAAAGAGACGGCACAAGAACUGGCCAAGAGAGGGGGCCGGAUUAUUAUGGGAUGUCGAGACAUGGAGAAGUGCGAAGCGGCCGCAAAAGAAAUCCGGGGCAACACCCUAAAUCCUCAUGUUUACGCCUGCCACCUUGACUUGGCCUCCAUGAAAUCCAUACGGGAGUUUGCGGACAGAAUCAAAGAAAAGGAGCAGCGUGUGGAUGUACUAAUAAACAAUGCGGGCGUCAUGAGAUGUCCCGCCUGGAAAACAGAGGACGGCUUUGACAUGCAAUUUGGAGUGAACCACUUAGGCCACUUCUUAUUGACCAAUCUUCUGCUGGACCGGUUAAAAGAAUCCGCCCCCAGCAGAGUGAUCAACUUGUCCUCACUUGCCCACCUCGUUGGAAAGAUAGACUUUGAAGACCUGAACUGGGAAAGGAAAAAGUUCGACACGAAGCAAGCGUACUGCCAGAGCAAGCUUGCCAACGUUCUCUUCACCAGAGAGCUGGCCAAGCGUUUACAAGGCACAGGAGUCACCGUAAAUGCUGUGCACCCUGGCGUUGUUUCCACUGAGCUUGGCAGGCACACCGGGCUGCACCAAUCCCAAUUCUCCACCACGGUGCUCAGUCCCCUUUUCUCCAUGCUGGUGAAGAACCCCGAACUGGGGGCCCAGCCCAGCGUCUUCCUGGCUGUGGCGGAAGAGCUAGAGGGGGCGACGGGACGCUACUACGACGUGUUGACGGAAAAAGAGCCAGCUCCCCAGGCCAUGGAUGAGGAGGCAGCUCGCAAGCUGUGGGAGAUCAGCAGCAGGCUGGUGGGUCUGAAGGAGGAUGAUGGACAGUCCAGCAAUCCUUGCCAGGCUGACCUGCCAACACUAAGUCAACAGACACAUGGACAGAACCCAGGACCAGUUGUUGGCACCGUGGGGUUGUAGCACGUCUGUUAUAUUGUCUCGGCCCGGCAGCGAUAUGGACCACAGCGGUGCCUUGAGGUACAAAUUUGCCACCUCCUCAUUGAAAUGAAUGGAAAUGCCAUUCCAUCCCCCCCAAAAACACCAACAAAAAUGUAACAUAAACCCAUGAACAAUAUUGUAUUACUUAUUUCAAAACCUACAGUAAUAAUAAAUGAAUGUGAAGAAUUAAA